AUGUCCUGGUUAAGCCUCAGUUCCCAGCGUCGGGUCCAACGGCUCUCUGCCACUGUGAUUGGCGUGCUUUUUGUUCUUUUCCUCUUGCAUGUAACACUUACAAGGACGCCGUUUCAAUAUUCUCCGCUGCCAGCUUCCACACCCGGCCCUCGUCGAAAUGAUUCCGAUACGAAGGACCAUCUCCCAAACGCAGAACAGACGCCUACUCUGCCCGCUGAAUAUUCGGCGGUGGCCGAUGAGCCAUCCUACUGCGCAGAUCGAUUCGGUAUUACGUAUCUGGAGAAGCUGCGCGACUCGAAAACCGAGUACUGCACUGCAGACUCGCCUUCAGGCUUGACCUGCUUCCAUAGUCAAACAGCGUCGGACUCCCGAGUCGACACGUUUUGCUUCGGGCGCGGAGCUGUAUACGAUCCUGCUCAGCGACUAUUUAUCAUGGACUGUCAACUGCGAGAUUUAGAUGGCAAGAACGUACCCCUCUUCGAAAAAUUUCACAAUUAUUGGUACGAGACAGGCCCUGGGGUCGUGUUCCAAAAGGCAGUCUCCCUCCAGGACAAGCUAGAUCAUACCGUUCCUCCCGUAGUUUCAAACCACACGAUCCUCAUUCAGCGAGAAGGGGCGCGGAACGUCUGGCAUUCUCUCAUGGAGAUCUUUUCCAUGACCAUGACCAUCGAUGUUCUGCGCAUGACUGCGGGCCCUAACCCGCACACGGCACUUUUCAGUAUUGGUGACAUCGAAAACACACAGGUCGUCAUCCUGGAUGAGAUCGAGGAUGGGCCCUACUUUGACCUGUGGAAGAUUUUCGCUCAGCGGCCGCCACUCCGAGUCGGCGAUCUGCCUCCGACCAACGAGUUCGAGAACCUGAUCGUGCCCCUGGCUGGCGGAUCGAACCCCCUCUGGCAGGGUGAUUGGGAGAUCCAUUCAUGCGAAGACUCUGCAUUGGUCCGUACAUUUUCCAGACGGGUCCUCUCUCACUUCCAUGUGGAACUUCGCCGACCCCGACAGGGCCCGCAGAUCGUGUUGACUUUUAUCGACCGGUCGGGAAGCCGAAAGCUGAUCAAUCAGGAGGACUACUUCAAAACAGUCGAAGAGCGAUUUCCCCAUGUCACGGUACAGAUGAUUGACUUUGCCAGCAUUCCAUUCCAUGAGCAGCUGAGGAUUGCUCAGGGAUCUGAUAUCUUGGUGGGCGUGCACGGCGCCGGCCUCACGCACGGUAUCUUCCUCCCGUCCGGCUCUGUGAUGGUCGAGAUUCUCCCGCCGGGUUUGAAUCACAAGGGCUUUCGCAACGUUGCUUCGCUACUUGGACAUUUGUAUUUCAGCGCUCACGCAACGAAGCCGGCUAAAACUUUGAAGCGCGACGAGUGGCAUACCAGUGAUGUUUAUCUCGAACAUGACAAAUUCAUGGACGUAAUGAAUGUUGCCAUCAAAGCUUUGUAUAACAGAGGAGAGCGGAACUACGACGUGGACUGA